AUGAAGGCUGUCGCUGCCACUCUUCUGGCUGCGGCCACCCUUGCUCGGGCCCAGGUUGCAACCACCUCCGAGCCCUCGGUCUCUGAUAUCAACAAGGCUGCCGCCACCACUCUCCCCGAGGUUACUACCUCGGAUGUCAAGGGUCUUGCAUUCAACCGGUUCUACCAGGUCUGGCUGGAGAACAUUGACUACGAGGAUGCGGCUGCCGAUGCCAACAUGCAGUGGUUGGCCACCCAGGGUAUCCUGCUGACCAACUUCUAUGCGGUCACCCACCCGUCGGAGCCCAACUACUGUGCGGCUGCUGGUGGUGACACUUUUGGCAUGGACAAUGACAACUUCAACCAAAUCCCCGCCAAUGUUUCCACUGUCGCUGAUCUGCUCGAUACCAAGAGCGUUUCCUGGGCCGAGUACCAGGAGCACAUGCCUUACCCCGGCUUCCAGGGCUUCAACUACUCCAACCAGAAGACCUUUGCCAACGACUAUGUCCGCAAGCACAACCCUCUGGUCCUUUACGACUCCGUCGUCAAGAACGAGACCCGUGCUCGCCAGAUCAAGAACUUCACUGAUUUCGAGAGUGAUCUGUCUGACAAGAAGCUUCCGCAGUGGGCUUUCAUCACUCCCAACAUGACCAACGAUGCUCACGAUACCAACAUCACCUUUGGUGCCAAGUGGGAUCGUAGCUGGAUGUCUUCGCUGCUGAAGAACGACUACUUCAUGAACGACUCCCUCAUCCUCUUGACCUUUGACGAGGAUGAUACCUACAACAAGACAAACCGUGUUUACAGUAUCCUUGUUGGCGGUGCUAUUCCCGACAACCUCAAGGGUACCAAGGACGACACCUUCUACACCCACUACUCGUCCAUUGCCUCCGUCAGCGCCAACUGGGGUCUGCCAUCUCUCGGCCGCUGGGACUGCGGUGCCAACAUCUUCGAGAUUGUCGCUAACAAGACCGGUUAUGUCAACUACAACGUGGACAUUACCAACCUGCGCCUGAACGAGACCUACCCCGGUCCCGAGUCGGCCGGCGAGUACUCCAAGUACUCCCCCGUCUGGCCCAUCCCCCUGACUGAUGGCAAGUGCUCGGCUGGUAACGGUAUCUUGGACAUUGUCAAGACGACCUAUGCUGGCAAGACUGCCACCUACAACUACUCCAGCCCCUACCCCUGGGACACCAAGUCCGACUAUAACACCAAGGUCACCAUCACCCGCAAGAAUGCGACCAACACCACCGGCACCACUUCGGCUUCCAGCACUGCCUCCAAGGGCGCUGCUGCUGAUAUCACCGUCCCCGGCUCCACUAUCGUGACCGGUGCUCUGGUGGCUUUCUUCGCUUACCUGCUUUAA